AGCGUCAUGCUCUAUCAACUGAGCUACGAAGGAGUACAACGUAAUGCGAAUGAUGACAAGCAAUUUUAACGGAUUCUAAAGGGAAUCAUAGAAUUCCAAACUUUUUCCUAUGGCGACACAGUUGGCAAUUUAAUUUUGUAAACAAUACUUUUCGAACGUGUGUUGCCAAGAGACAUCUAACCAACGUUCUAUGGAACGUUUUCUGUGCGAAAACAACUUCAGUUUGCUGCUGACAACAAACUUGAUUGAUUUCUGAGACCUGAGAUAGAACAAUCUACUGGAAAAUGCCUGGGUGCUUUUCAAGACUGGCGGAGAGAGUGCGUGGACGUCGGCGGCCUACUGCGUCGACAGGUUGUUCAAAUUCAUUUGUGGCUUGUUUUUCUUGUCCUUUUCUGUUUUGCAGGGUUCCUGAUCGUCGACAGGUGGACAGCGACAGCAAAGAGGAAACAACUGUCCUGGAUGAGGUCCAGUUGGAUGUGCCAUUGGAUGAUGUGCCAGAUGUUCCACAGCUGCCAGUCCUCCUUGAUGUCCAGAAUGCUGCUAUCAUCCUUGAGGAUGUGCCAGAUGUGCAGACUAUCCUUGAGGAGGCCACUGGCAAAUGGCAGUUGAUUCCGAUUAGGUUCAGCCCCCUGUACUGUGGGCCUGUUGUGAUCAGGAACAAUGCCGGUCCGGUGGUUAAAGCGUGGAGAACUUUCCAGUUCAUCAGCCCCAUCAUCACCUACAUGCGUGGGGGAUCCCAGCAGGUGGUGCUGAGGAUGCACCACGCGAGUAGGGUGAGAGGCCUGGAGACUCAACUGGUGUGGGCCAUCUCCAAGGAGACAGCCAGGCUUAAUCCAGAGGGCAUCCCCUACUGUGCCACCAAAGUGCAGUCCAUCACUUGGAUCCAGCGUGUGGCUGGCAGGGUGACCCACUAUGCGUCUCACCUCCGCCACGAGACGUCUGUGGACGUGACGCUUGGCUGCUACCAGCAGACUGAUGUCUCAGUGGUGUACGCCACUCUCCACAUGGGGCUGGAUGGGCUUCUCUCCUCUUCAGCGUGGUCGGAGGCUGCCUCCUUCUCUACGCCCACCACUCAGCAGUUCUCUGACCCAGAGCCUGAGGGCCACAACUGCUAUGAGGGCUGGGAGGAGGACCUGCUGCCUGAGGAGAGGGAGGUUCCUCUGCUAAACCUCUACCUUACCACCAAGAGAGUGGAGGACAUCGCCCUGAGGCUCGUCUCCCUGCGCCAGGCCUUCACUACCCUGCUUGGUUCCACCCUGAGCAGGAACCAUCUGUUUGUGGCGGGAAAGGUCCUCCUGGGCGCACUGGUUCAGGCCAACCACAUGGACGAGGCCAAGUUCCUCCGUACCUAUAAGGACUUUGUGGACUACCUGAGUGACCCCUCCAAGCGGAAUGACAUUGAGAGGGAGCUGGCUGAGGCAAAGAUCCAUCAUGUGAACAUGAUAGAUGUCCUCUUUGAGCUGGUGCUGUUUGGGUUAAUGACAGCUCAGAAGUCCCUGAUGGUGCACCCUGGUGGGUUCGUGGAGCGUCUGUACGCUCUCCUGUACUCCUUCCUGCCCACUGCUGCCAAUAUGGAGCCAGAGGCUGACAGAUACCUGCUGCUGCUCAAUGAUUCUUGUGACACUUUGCCACCCAACAGGGAUCUAGACACCAAUGCACUACAUUACUUUGCACUGAAUUUUACAUUUUUAAAUAAAACAAGUUGGCGCGUGGGGGGCGACAGGGGGCCUGGCUGGCCCUGA